ACACGCAGGCGCACUGGUAACCGGGGCCUGGAACAGCCACCCCGACAGGCUCUGAGAAUCCGGCUAGUCAGGCUUUUCCUAGGUAUGGGCAGGGCGGCCCUCCACCCACUGACUCUUUCAAGAUGGUGGUGGCGAAGUCAGAGGCCAGUAGGGAUGCCACUGCCUACUUCCGUUCCUCGAGACUUUUGCCCGCGCUGAUCACAGUCGUGGGGCUGGGAUACCUCACGUGGGUUGUCUUCUGGCCUCAGAGUAUCCCUUAUCAGAGCCUAGGGCCACUGGGCUCCUUCACUCAGUACUUGGCGGGCCACCAUCACACCCUCCUGCGCAACGGAUACUGGCUUGCCUGGCUGAUUCACGCUGGAGAGUCCUUGUAUGCCAUGGUGUUGUGCAAGUACAAGGGAAUCACAGACCCCCGGGCCCGGCUGCUCUGGUUCCUGCAGACUUUCCUCUUCGGGGUGGCAUCUCUCUCCAUCUUGAUUGCCUACAGACCCAAGCGCCAAAAACGCACUUAGAGGAGCUGGCCCUUCAAACCUGGUUAAACCCUCCAGCUGUUCCUGUUCCCCUGCCGUUCUCUGGUUGAGCUUGACUAGACCAGUGUUACUUAAGAGAGAAAUAAGAAACAGGUGUGGCUCCCCAUUUCUGCAGGGCCACCCGCUAGGCAGCAGCUUCGGCCACCUUGGAGCCCACGGCUUUCCUGGGCUCCGCUGUCACCUACGCAUCAGAUUUGCUUGUUGGGGUAUAUUGCUCCCCGACCCUCACAACCACCAUUCGGCUCUGCUUCCCCAAAUGUUUUUCCCUUUUUCUGGACCAAGCAACACCUGCGUGAUGCGUCAGUUGCAUGUCCCUUUGUUAGGAACCUCUGAGGCAGGGUUCUCAUCUGCUCAGACUGCAGAGAAAGCCAGGGAAGAAGGUGCCUGGCACGGGGCCGGUACAUGGGGACCCAGGAGUGGACGCUACCAGCCGGAAGUAAUCCGUCCCUGCCCGUGGCCCCUGGGGCAGAGCACUGGGUAUGGCAGCGUCUGGUGGCCACAGCUAGACUGUUCCAGUACUGUAGGGCCACACAGUAGACCCUGUGACAUUUUCCCAGAGGUGUCCCGUCCCCACAGCACACUGGCACUGAGCGCUUUCCGUGUCCCUCAACAAAGGAAGGACGCUGAUCAUCUCACUUUCCACUUCCCUGCCAUUCCAGUUUUAUGCGAAACUGCAAAGCCGCUCAGCGUCCCUUCAUCCCAUCGAAAAGGCACCAGCCUGCCCUGGAUGGGUGGGGCCCGUUCUAGGCUCCUCUGAGGGAAACCUGGGUCUUCUUCCUGCUUUCCUGCUCUCUGUCACUCUCUCCUUCCUGCACCGGAUUCCUUAGUCACACACCAUCCCGUUCUAGAGAUCUGAUCACGUGUGUUACCCGCUUGUUCCCGCUCCCCCAUCUGCCCAUAGGGGAGGGAGGGCCACUGUCCCUCUCCUGCCCUGGCAGAAUGAGGAGUGACUCUGUCCCUCCCCAGGCCCUUGUCUCGGGACUCCUCAUCUCCCUUCCAUGGUACAAUGAGGCAGCAAACAUGUAUGAGAAACAGCUCACCCCACAAACAGCCCCACAGUGCAAGUGCCACCUGGAAGGUUAUGGACCAUGGAUCAUUUUUUGCUGAGAUCAGUUUUGGGCCUGGUGUGGUGGCGCACACUGGUGAUCCCAGCACUCAGGAGACUGAGGCACGAGGAUCGCUGUGAGUUUGAGG